UAUUCGCACCAUCAAGAACGGGACAUUGUGAUCUCCUGCAUCGGCAGGAUUUGGUCCCACGCGGCAACUCACUCUCAGUGCAGACCACUGGGAGAAAAAGCUGGGUUCUUCCAUAAAAACCACAUCUGUGCUCAUCCUAGGGGAUGUGGUCUGAGAGGGAACACCUGGGCUCAGGGGAAGGGCAGAGUGCAUGGGGAGGCUGAGCAGAUUUGGGGGCCAGCAGUUGGAUCUCCACCCCUCCCUACUUGCUUCCCUCCCAUCGAUUUCCCAGGCAGGACCAGUCAAGAUCGCCGAGCUGGAUUUUCUCUCCCUAGGCUUAUCUUAGGGCCCUAGAAGAUUAUGGCAUGUUUUAAUUUUUCUAGGGACAAAGGGAAAGCUGCCCUGGAAUGAGACCCUGCAUCCUCCCAGCAUCCUUCACAGAUCCUGAGGUUUCAUGGCCACCCAUCCCUGUUUUCCCAAGUUAAUGAUUUAAGCCAGUUGGGUUUCUGAGGGGCUGGCACCCAGGCCCCAGGCAGCAGGCCAAGGAUGCGUGCCCUCUGGGAUUAAUGAUUCUCCCAGCUGCAGACACUGCCUCCAUAAAAACGCCGGGAAGGGACUCCCGGUGCCGCUUCCCGGCAGGAGGAGAGGAGCCAGCUCCAACAUGAGGGCAGCUCUGGCCCUGCUGCUGCUGCUCCUGGCCGCUGCAGACGCGAUGCACCGAGGGAAAGCUUAUCUCCGGGAGAAAGUCUGCAAGGAGUACAGGAUUCUGGGAAAGGAGAACUUCCGAACCCUGACCAUCAUUGCCAGCAGCCGGAAAUAUUCCAAUGGCACCUUUGAGGAGAUCGGCCACCUCGUCCGGGAACUCGUCUCCCUGGCCGAGAAGUGCUGCGCCGAUGGGGCUGAGCCCUCCUGCUACGAUGAUGGGUCCACGGCGCUGGCGAUCAAGUCGUGCAGAGCAGACUCGCCCUUCCCGGCGCAUCCCGGCACGGCCGAGUGCUGCACCCACCAGGGCCUGGAGCGAAAGCUGUGCCUGGCCGCGCUCCGGCACCCGCCCCAGGCGCUGCCCCGCUACCUCCAGCCCUCCGACAAGGAGCUCUGCCAGGCCUUCCGGCAGGACCCCCAGGAAUUCGCUGAUAGGUUUCUUUAUGAGUACUCCAGCAGCUACAGCCAGGCUCCCCUGCCAGUGCUCAUGGACUCCACCAGGACCUUCCUCUCCAUGGUCUCCACCUGCUGCAUCUCCUCUGCACCCUCUCACUGCUUCCUGAGGGAGAAACUGGAGAGGAAAACCAUUUCCCUACUCACCCUGACGUCAAACCGCAUUUGCUCCCACUUCUCGGCGUAUGGGAAGGACAAAGUCACCUUCAGCUACCUGACCUCGCUGGUGCAGAAGAUUCCCAGCGCUUCCUUCGAGGACCUUCUCCCCCUGGCCGAAGACGCUGCCGAGUUGUCUUCCCAGUGCUGCGACUCGAUGGCCGAGGACUGCAUGCAGAAGAAGCUGCUGGAGCACACGACCAAAGUCUGCACGGCGCUGUCGGGCCGGGACCAGCGCUUCGCCGACUGCUGCAAGGGGAAAAACCUGAUGGAAAACCACUUCUGCAUCCUGGCCAUGCUCCCAGCGCCGGCUCCGCAGCUGCCAGAGCCGUAUGAGCCGACCAACAAGGAGCUGUGCGGCAAGGAGGGGGCUCGCCACGCCACCAGGUUCCUGUUCGAGCUGGCCCGGAGGCGCCCCGGCAUCCCCGAUGCCGUCCUGGCCAAGCUCUACGACUCCUCCGAGAAACUCCGGGCGGGAUGCUGCUCCACCAAGGACCCCUCCGCCUGCUUGGACAGCAAGCGCAAGCGGAUAGAGGCAGAGCUGUUCCCCUUCCUGGAAAAAGCGCACCAGCUCUGCGGGCAGUACCACCAGCUGCCUUUCCUCGAGUUCAAGAAGCGGCUGCGGGAAUCCCUGGCACAGGCGGAGCCCGAGGCCGGCCCGGCGCAGCUGGAGCAGCUCCUGGAGCAGCGAGUGUCCUUCGCCUCCACCUGCUGCCUGCCGGGCGCUUCCCCGCUCCUCUGCGCUGCCAAGGUGAGCUCGGAGCUGGGGGAAGUGUGCAGUAAGGAGUCCUGCCUGCUGGGAUAGCCCUGCCCGGAUCGCUCCAGGCGUGCUCGGAGGCUGAGCUCCGGGAAUGGGAAACAGGAGCAUCAGGGAGCUGGGCUGGAGGAUGUCCGGCAGACGGAAAGUGUCACCGAGCCCGCAGUUCCCUUCCUCCCUUGUAACCCUGCAGCCAAAAUAAAGAU